UCGUGAAGUGAUGAAGGUUCGUCCGGCCGGAUGAAAUGACCUUCAGCCUUCCGAUGUUAUCUGUGGUUCCUCCAAUGGAUCGCUUGCUUUGGGGUUAACUCCAAAGCUUGUUCAUGGCACAAGGCGGGAAAAGGAAUAACUUUGCUCCUCGUACAACCUGCGUUUCGCCGCUGUGGAAACAUUCGACCUCGAACAAUGUGGUUACGCUAAGAAUGCGACCAUCUCAAACGGCGUUUACUUCAUUAGAUACCUUUAUGGCAGCUCACAGCCCCCGCCGAUUCUGCGAAGCAAGACAGAAAUACAUUUUAAAACCACUUACUGUAGAGAAGAGAAUGGCGGAUACUGGAUAUGCACCUGUCCAGCAGAAAACAAGGAAUAAUUCAAGUGAACCACAGACAAGUAACAAUGUCCAUCAGAGACAGAUGGAUGUAACACAAAGAAGCCCGAAUGGCAACCUACCAACGGACAGCAGCAGUGAGGGGGAGAAUGGCAACCAAAGAGUUUUACCUCUGGGAAAAUGUAAUAUAAACAAUGAAGAUCUUGGAUCCACUGAUUUAUACAGAAGUAGCUUCUUUCGACCAGGACCUAAACUUCCAGUGACAUUCAACCGUAGUGCUUCAUCAAUUCCCACAAUGCCUCACAGCACAAGUGAUCUAAUAGCUAUUGGAACAAUACCCAUAACAACUCAUAGACAGACUCCAGUGAAACCCAUGUCCAGUCUUGUUGAGGCAACUUCCAGUUGGACAGAUCAUCAUCCACUUAUAAAAUCAAAUAAGAAGGAAAAGAUUGAGCUCUUAUCUUCAUCUGAAGAGGAAAUUCAACCUCUACAGAAGUCAAAACCAGGAGGAUUGUGGAAAACAAAGGCAACUUUAAAUCUUAAAGGAUGUAAAUAUCAAGACCCCAUGGUGGGUGCAAGUCCAUCUUUCCAGGGGAGAAUCACAGAAAUGGCACAGCUAGAAGUGGAAACAAUUAGAUUUGAGAAGACAAAAAAAUCAAAAAAGAAGGCUUCAAGCUCCUAGCUGUGAUUGACAUUAAUUACUUUAUAAACUUCUAUUUAAUUGUUAGUUAAAGUUUUAUAAAUUUUAAUUCCAAACAAUAGAUAAAUGUGUUAAUUCAGUUUUUUUUUUUAGUUUAAGACUGUUGUUUUUUUGACAAAACUGAAUACUUCUGCUGUCAUCUUUUCAAGUAAACAGAAGAGAGGAUGGACUUUUUUUUUUAACCACAAUCUUUUUCCCAACAUACAACUAGUACUUUGAAGUACCACUACAUACAUUUAUAUAUGUCUAUGAUUUGGGAGAAGACACAAUGACUUAAAGAUAUAUUUAUGACAAUAUUAUUUAAGCUCCAAGCAUGAUUAAUAUUGUUAAAAAAAACCCUGUGUAAAGAAAGUAAUAUCAUCAAAAAGGAUCAAGUUUGGCAUGCAAGCUAUCUUUACCACUUGCAAAUAUGCUGAUAGCAUGGAGAGUGUGAGAAUCUGUGUGAUGAUAGCGAACUCUAAAGGCCAUUAAGUUAUAAAAACAUCAAGAAUGAGAAUUUUUGUACAAACCACAAGUGUAAGAGUCACCAAGCAAUGCAAUGUAUUCUUGCAAAAUAAGAAUGCUGGAACAAUUAUUUAUUGCUCUUAUACACUCUUAUGAAGGCAUCCAUACAAGAAAAAACUGUGUGUGAGUCAUAACGCUCCUCUUGGAUUUCUGACAUUCUAUCUUGUAUCUAUGUGAGUAAACCAUCGUUGAUGAUGUAAAAGAUAUUCUGCUUCUAAGUAGAAAACCAACUGACUGGAGGAGUGCUAUGGUUCAUUGUAAAUCCACUCCAGAAUCCUGAUAAGAAGGCACUGUUUACACUGGGAUAAACAUUUUAACACCUUGUCUUCAUAACUGUGUAAAGGAAAGUUUGUCCCACAACUAAUUUAAUGUUAACUUAUGUUAUUCUCAUAAACAUCAUUGUUAUUAAAAAUUUUACGAUGGUGAAGA